AUGGAAGUGUCCGACCGACUAGCUGCAGACUACAGGAUCACAGUCAACCCGCAGCUGAUGGUACAGAAGCACCCUCUACCCACACCUGAAGAGCUGUUCGUGAGGAUAAAAGGGAAGAGAUUCUGCAAACUAGAUCUAAAGGAUGCAUACCUGCAGAUGAAGCUCGACGACGAGUCGAAGAACAUGACGACUGUCACCACACACAAGGGACUUCUUCGCAUGAACAGGCUACCGUUCGGGAUAAGUUCCUGUGGCGACAUCUUCCAGUCAGCCAUGGACCGAAUCUUGGAGGUGCUGGAUGGAUGUGUCAACUACUUGGAUGACCUACUGGUGAUGGGAGGCACAGAGGAGGAAAUGUUGAAGUCGCUGGACCAGGCGCUGGCGAGACUGACCGAACAUGGAGUGCGACUGAAGAGGAGCAAGUGCCAGUUCAACCUCAAGGAGGUGACGUAUCUGGGAUGGCGGAUCUCAGGGACCGACCUGAAGCCAGUGCCGGAGAAGAUCGAGGCUCUGCUGAAGAUGCCAGAGCCCAAGGACGUCAGUGAACUGCGAACACUGCUCGGUAGUUUGAACUACUACCAGAGACUGAUCCCGAACAUGGCAACAACUCUGGCGCCUCUCCACAACCUGUUGAAGAAGGAGGUGAAGUGGAAGUGGAGCCGUGAAUGCAAGAGAGCGGUGGAAGAGAUCCAACGAGUGCUGUGCAGUGACAAAGUUUUGAUGAGGUACGAUCCCCAGAUGCCCAUCAAACUGAUCACUGAUGCCAGCUCAAUCGGAGUUGGCGCAGUACUGGUCCACGUCCUGUCUGACGGACUGGAGCGCCCGGUGUGCUACAGCUCAAGAACACUGACUGCAACUGAGAAAAAGUACUCAGUGCUGGAAAAGGAAGCCCUGGCCGUUUCCUUUGGAAUCAAGAAAUUCCAUCAUUACUUGUAUGGACGUCGCUUCUGUUUGGUCACUGAUAACAGAGCGCUGUCUAUGAUUCUCAACCCACACCGGGAGCUGCCGAGCCUGGCUGCGGCACGGAUGCAGCGAUAUGCGCUACAGCUGGCCGCGCAUUCGUAUGAAGUCGAGCUGCGCAGAACAGAUGUGAUGGGAAUCGCCGACACACUGUCGAGACUGCCUUUGAGCAUCGUCACACAAGAGGAGGAAGAGGAAUGGUGCCCCCAGGUACUGAACACGGAGAACGAGGGGCCCACGCUGCACGCAAGAGAAGUGGAGGUGUACACUCGCCGGGACCCAGUACUCGGGAGAGUACUCCAGUACGUGCGCACCGGAUGGCCGGGAACGGUGGAUCCUACGCUGAAGCCGUUCCACCUGAGGCAGGACGAGUUGUCCACGGAGGGCGACUGCGUACUCUGGGGAGGAAGACUGGUGGAACCGACCAAACUGAGGGACAGAGUGCUGCAAGAAAUACACUCAGGACACAUGGGGAGCAGCAAAAUGAAGCAGCUGGCCCGUCGACAUGUGUGGUGGCCAGGUUUGGACCGUGAGCUGGAGAAUCUGGCCAGUAGCUGUUCAGCCUGUACGGAGAAGAGAGCAGCGCCACUAAAGUCGACUCUGCACCCAUGGGAGCAGACCUCAGGCCCCUGGGAGCGCAUACAUGUUGACUUCGCCGGUCCAUUUCAGGGAACGAUGCUGCUGAUCGUAUCAGACAGUUUCUCCAAAUGGAUCGAAGUCACGGCAAUGAAGUCGACGACUGCGGAACGAACUGUCGAGGAGCUGAGGAAGCUGUUCGCCCGACACGGUCUGCCCAUACAGAUCGUAACAGACAACGGGACACAGUUCACGUCGGAAGAGUUUGCGACGUUCACUAAGAAAAACGGAAUCAGGCACAUCCGAUGGCUGCUACUGGCAAAACCCCAGCAGAGAUGCUAUACGGACGGAACAUCCGGACUCGUCUCGACCUCCUCCGACCGGAUGACAGAACAACAGCCAGAGGUGCUCAAGAAAAGAUGA